UGAGAGAGACUAUUGUUAUCAGGCAUAUUUGAGGCACCUAAAAAGAUUUUGACAACAACGGGGUCCUCCGUUUAGCGCCAGUUUGGAUUUUCUCCCUCGCUUUUGAAAGAAUAGCAACCAAGAUAUGCUGAGUUAAACGAAUAAACACUCAUAUUUGUACGUAUUACUGAAUAACUGAUCGUAAAAUACCGGAACUAAAUGGGUUUGGAUUCCGUUGAAUAAUAUAGAAGACACACAAACUGAAUUUGGCCCAUCGAUGCUUGGCGGCCGUACUCAGGUGGACUCUGACCUAUAAUGGAUUGUGUGAAUGAGAAUGUCUGCGAUUGGCGGGCCCCCACUACAAGGCUCAUCCAAAGUCAACCUAGAUAGGCUGCAGCUCACCUUUGACGUUAAUGAGUGAAGAUGAUCUGGGCAUUUUGACAGCCUUAAUGGCUGAGAAUGAGGGCCGUGGAGAGGAGCAAAAGCAGCAGCAGGCCGAUGACUUUGAUGACCUGUUUGACAAUGACGACGAGGAUGAGGAAGGACGAGAUGUGGAGCCCGAGGAUGAAUUGACAGAGCUUUUUGGAGAUGUAGAUGAUAUUAGAAAAGAAGAGCAAGUGGCUCAAGAAAAUAAAAGCGAAGCCAGUGAGAGUCUCAACAGGUCCCAAGAGGAGCUGCAAGAGGAGUUGAGACGGAUGCAGGAGAAAAUGCAGGCAUUGCAGAAGCAGCUGGAGGCAAGCCAGAGUGCUUCCUGCUCCUCUUCCCUGGCGAGACCAUCAGAUAGCUCACCCUCUCCGAAACCGUCACUUCCUGGCCAGGCCGCCCCCAAGCGUAUCCCAGCGGCUGUGACACAGAAGACAAAUAGCCAGUCAGUGACUUCAACGUCCAGUGCGGUCAGAACAGGAAGUCAGAAGGUGCAGGAGUCCUCUGACUUUAUCUCCGAGCUGAGCACCGCUGACUCUUUGAAAGGCAAACCCAGAGUGGCCCACCAAAGCAAACCCAACACUUCACCACAAGACAGAGUACCACUGGUUGAGAUUAAGAUGGGAAGCUCUUUCCUGCCCGUGGAAAGCACGAGCAAGGCGGCCACUCCUCGCCGCCAGUCUGCAACCUUCCAGAGCAGACCCUGCUCGACUACGUCAUCGGGAUCGCUUAAGCUUGACUCGCUUCCUAAAGACGUGGCUAUGGAGAAAUACUCUGGAUUGCGGCUCAGGAAGCCACGGGUUUCAUCCAGCGACAUGGACCGCAAGAUGGCUGACCGCCGCCUCAUCCGCCUGUCACAGGUGCCGGACCGCCUGCAACGCGAGAAGCUGGAGGACAGCGACUGGGUGACGUUUGGCGUGCUGGUCAGCAAAGCGACGCCGCAGAGCAACAACAGCGGAAAAACAUUUAGCAUCUGGAAGUUGAAUGACCUCCACAACCUGGAUGUGUUCGUGUCGCUCUUCCUGUUCGGCGACGUCCACAAGGAGCAUUGGAAGACCGAAACGGGUACCGUCAUCGGAAUCCUCAACCCCAACCCCAUGAAACAAAAGGACGGCUAUGACGAGGUCAGCUUGACAGUGGACCACCCGCAGAAGGUGUUGCUGAUGGGUGAAGCUCAAGAUUACGGCACGUGCAAAGCCAUGAAGAAAAACGGCGAUCCCUGCUCUCAGCUUGUCAACAUGUACGAAUGCCAGUACUGCCAAUAUCAUGUCAAGGCCCAAUACAAGAAAAUGUGCUCCAAGCGGUCCGAGCUGCAGUCGUCGUUCUCCGGAAAGGCGCCCAACAAGGUGAAGGGCGUCAGCCUCAGGGAGCGCAUCUGUCAGGACGGCUUCCACUACGGCGGCGUCUCGUCGGCCGCCUGCGCGGCCUCGCUAUCCGCGUCCAAAGUGAAAAAAAAUGGACAGACAACUCUGGACAAGCUCUUUGUGAAAGGUUCCGCUCGUCACAUCCUUCAGGCGAAAAUGCUCGCUCUGAAGUCUGGAGAAGUUUCAAAUUGUUCUGAUGAGUUCAAGAGUUUGAUGUCGGUGCCGUCGCCAGGAGCCCUGCAGCUAAAGAAGCACCUGACACAGGGACGCGCAUCGGUCUCCACAGACCCACAAGCCGCUCCUUUUCAGUCCGUCUCCGCUUCAGACCUUCUAAAGCAGCAGAAACAGAAGCAGAGGGAGUUCCUGCUCAACCGCCAACGUAGGGUGGUGGGAUCCCAGGCCGCUGAGGUGCCGAAACCAACCACGCCCUCUUUACCGGCGUCCCCUAAAGCGGCUCUCGGCGUCCCCAAGACCGGCCAAAGUCCCGCCACGCCGCAGACUCCGACACUGGGCCGAGGCUUCUCGAAGGGCGAGGACGUCCUCUUCUUCGACGCCAGUCCGCUUCCCGCGCCGGCCGCCGCUCUGAGCCUCUCGUCCGCCAAGCUGGCGGCUCUGAAAAAGCUGAGAGCGAAGGGGAUGGCGUUGGAGAAGGAAGACCCCAACGCUGUCAAGAGGAAGAGGACGAGCGACAGCGAGAUCAGCGCCCGUGUGGAAAAGAGUCUCACCUCUCCUGACGCUGAGCGCGGGGGUGCCGACGCGGAGCCGGCGGAGAAGAAGAAGCGAGAUGAACUCCGCUAUAUUCAGUCGGAGGAGUUUCAAAAGAUCCUCGCCGCCACAUCUCUGCACGGAGCCGUCCUGCAGGCGGCCGAGUAUCAGUUGCAGGAGCAAUACUUUGACCCGCUGGUGAAGAAGGAGCAGAUGGAGGAGAAAAUGAAGGGCAUCCGCGAGAUGAAGUGUCGUGCCGUUUCCUGUCAAAAGUGUAACUACACCUACUUUAAACCGGCGGAUCGCUGCGUUGGUGAGAAUCACCCUCUGCGCUGGCACGACGCCGUCAAACGUUUCUUCAAGUGUCCGUGCGGGCAGAGGGCCGUCGCGCUCGACAGGCUGCCGCACAAGCACUGCAGCAACUGUGGUCUCUUUAAAUGGCAGCGCGAUGGAAUGCUGAAGGAGAAAACGGGACCAAAGAUCGGCGGGGAGCUUCUGAAGCCGCGAGGGGAAGAGCACGCAAAGUUCCUCAACAGCUUAAAGUAGAACCGAGUUUACUCCUAUGAUGAUUUUUUUUUUAUUUUAAGAAUUUUAAUGCUGUUUUAGUAACUGAUCAUGGAGACCAACAUGACAUUUGGAGGAAAUUAAAGUGAUGAUUGACACAUUUCGGGACACAUCGGCGCUUCCGUUCACCUCGCGUGCAUUUUGACCGGAGACGAAGAUUCUUUCACUUUCACAGAAAGGCACAAGCAAAUAAUUUGACGAUAACUUUUUUGUGACAGUAGAGCGCAAGAAUUCAGCAGCUGGCCUGAGAGAGCGAGUUAAUCACUUUUCCCUCUACAAGCACAUGAAAUGUGAUUCUCGUCUUCUUUGUGAAGACAAACAAAAAAAAAAAAUCUUUAAUCUUCUCCAGGUGUUGGGGCUCACGCCAGCCUCAAAGUCUCAGGUGGUACUUUUUUUUUUUUGGUUUGUUUUAAUAGGACAACAUCAGCUUCGAGCAAUUUUACAGCGUGCUUUUUGGCAUUUGUGCGUCUUGACUUUUCCGAUCUGGAAAUUAUUUCAGCCUGAUGACUUGCGCAGCCUUCGCCUCCUCUUCUUCGCUUUUAUUCCGUCCUACCCUGCCUUCCAUUUUGAACGCUCCAAAUUCCUUUACGGCGUGUGGCAAAUACAUCAGCGCCGCAUAACUAUCCAGGAAACUCAUCUUGGUCACGCCGGCAGUACAUCAAAAGUCAAUUGAAGCCGCUUUCUCUCUCAGGAAAUCGAGUGCAUUGCGAAAAUCGACAUUUAAGUAGUUGUUACAAAUGCCUCCGGCUAACAAUUAUGGCAACCUUUUAUUAAGCUUGUUCGUGCAUGGGAAAAAGCAGUUAAGACGUGCAUGCGUUACGUAGUCUUUAUUUUUUUUGAUGUGUACAAUGU